AUGAAAACCUCAAUCACAUUAGCCUUCUGUCUCACUCUCUCCUUAAUCGGAGCGCAAGCCAAAGUUCCCGUUGACAAGCAAUUCCGAGUGGUCAAUGAAGGAGACUACACCGACUAUAAUCCUAUGGAAUACAGUGCAGACGUACGUGGCUUCCAACCCUUCAACGAAAACUUCCGUCUCUGCUUCUACAACACAACUCCAAACGCAUACACUCUCGCUCUAAGACUCGGAAACAGAGCCCAAGAAUCAACUCUCCGAUGGGUCUGGGAAGCAAACAGAGGCUCUCCGGUCAAAGAAAACGCGACGUUGACUUUCGGUGAAGAUGGGAACCUAGUACUCGCUGAAACCGAUGGUCGUGUGGUGUGGCAAACGAACACAGCUAACAAAAACGCAGUUGGUAUCAAAAUCUUGGAGAAUGGCAAUAUGGUAAUAUACGACUCCAACGGGAAGUUCGUAUGGCAAAGCUUUGAUUCACCCACCGAUACUCUUCUUGUGGGACAGUCUUUGAAAGCCAACGGUCAGAACAAGCUCGUGAGCCGAAAGUCUCCAUCGGUCAACACAAACGGACCUUACAGUCUCGUGAUGGAAGCCAAGAAGCUAGUUUUGUACUACACGACAAACAAAACGCCAAAACCAAUCGCUUAUUACGAAUAUGAGUUCUUUACGAAGAUAACUCAGUUCCAGUCAAUGACAUUCCAAGCUGUGGAGGAUUCGGACACCACGUGGGGUCUACACAUGGAAGGUGUGGACUCUGGUUCUGAGUUCAACGUCUCUACUUUCCUCUCGCGGCCUAAACACAACGCUACGUUGAGUUUUCUACGGUUAGAAUCAGACGGAAACGUUAGAGUUUGGAGUUAUAGUACGUUAGCGAGUUCCACCGCUUGGGACGUUACAUACACGGCGUUUACAAACGCUGAUACUGACGGUAACGAUGAGUGUAGAAUCGCUGAGCAUUGUGGUGAGUUUGGUUUGUGUAAGAAAGGACAGUGUAACGCUUGUCCUAGCGACAAAGGUCUUCUUGGUUGGGACGAGGCCACUUGUAAGACUCCGAGUCUGACUAGUUGCGAUCCCAAGACGUUUCAUUAUUUCAAGAUCGAAGGAGCUGAUAGUUUUAUGACUAAGUAUAACGGAGGCUCGUCGACGACGGAGAAAGCUUGUGGGGACAAGUGUACGAGAGAUUGCAAGUGUUUAGGGUUUUUCUACAAUAGGAAGAGUUCGAAGUGUUGGUUGGGUUAUGAGCUCAAGACAUUGACUAGAACCGGAGAUGCUUCCCUCGUUGCUUAUGUCAAGGCUCCAAAUGCUAACAAGAACUCAGCUCUUGCCCUUUGAAUGAAGUGUCAUCAUCUACUUGGUUUGUUUGUGUUGUCGAUUUGACGAAAAAUAAGUGCUACAUUGUCAUUUGUUUUACCUUCUUAAAAGUUGUUGCUAUUAUUUUUAUCUUAUUUUAAAACUACAAGCUGGUUAUCAAGCUAUCUCUUAAUAAAACGAAGUAAAGUUCAUC